AACUGUGGCCCUGUGGCAGGAAGUAAAACUGUUAAUGAAUUCUAAUUAAAAAUUCAUUUGUUUGCAUGUCACGCUACCCUCCCUGCACAUAAUGGCGUCUGUCAAGAGAGUUCUGUCUAUCCAAGGGCAUCCUACAAGAGGUUAUGCAGGCAACACCUCAGCAACCUUCACUCUCCAGAUUUCUGGCUUUGAUGUGGAUACUAUACACUCUGCUCAAUUCUCAAACCAUCCUGGUUACAAGGUGUUUGGUACUGGACCAGUUCUUUCUGCACAGGACCUCAUCAACAUAAUCGAUGGACUACGAGAAAACGACCUGCUCACGUACUCACAUCUGCUCAUAGGGUAUAUUGCCGACAAGUCAUUUCUUGAGCAAGUGCACUCUGUAGCUCUAGAGCUGAAGGAGAAAAACAAGGACUUGAUGUUUGUGUGUGAUCCAGUCUUGGGGGACAAUGGAGCAUACUAUGUACCUCAGGAGCUACAGCCAGUGUACAAGGAGAAACUCAUACCAAUAGCUGAUCUCAUUACACCCAACACGUUUGAAGCAGAAAAACUGACUGGAAUUACAAUAGAGACUGAAGAAGAUGCAAUGAAGGCAAUCGACAAGCUGCUCUCCUUUGGACCAAAGACGGUAUUCCUUACCAGUAUGCAGCAUGAGACAAAACCUGAUGUGCUUGUAACUCUCGGCAAGAACCAGAAGGGUGAAUAUGCUCGAGUUGAAAUGCCGAGAAUUCCAGCCCUGUUUACUGGGACAGGGGACAUGUUCUGUGCCCUACUGUUAGCCUGGAGUUGUGAGCCGUUGCAGAUUGCCUGUGAGAAAGCAGUCUGCAUAGUAAAUGCAAUGCUGAAGAAGACAUUGAGCUAUGCUUUGGAAAUGUCUGGUGGUGGCCCACCUAAAGUGGAGCACCUGGAGCUCAGAUUAAUUCAAAACACGGACAUCAUCAAAUCGCCCCCUCCGAUCAGUGAACUCUUCUUGUGAUUAAUUUUAGCUUUACAAUCAUUACUGAACUGACCAUGAGUCUUUUAGAACCUUAUUAAUUUCCCCAUCCCACUAUAUAAUUUCUACCAUUGUGUUUUUUACAA